AGUGGGAUAGGUGGUGGUGGCAUUGGGCAUCUCAACCAAGAGCAAGGUAAAGACACUGAGGUGAUGGAGGAGGUCAAUGAGGGAGGGACAGCCUGGGGACCCACCAUGGGAUUUGAACAUAAAUGGUUUAAAACGUUAAUGUGAACUGAGUGGACUGAUGCCUCCCCUGCUGGGACAUGUCCUUACAGAAACUCAUGGAGCCAGAAGCUGGGACCAACAGGACGGCUGUUGCUGAGUUCAUUCUGCUGGGCCUCGUGCAAACAGAACAGGUGCAGUCUGUGGUCUUUGUGCUCUUCCUCUUUGCCUACCUGGUCACAAUUGGGGGCAACCUCAGCAUCCUGGCAGCCGUCUUGGUGGAGCCCAAACUCCACACGCCCAUGUACUUCUUCCUGGGGAACCUAUCAGCACUGGAUGUUGGAUGCAUCACUGUCACUGUUCCCUCAAUGUUGGGCCGUCUCUUGUCCCACAAGCGUACAAUUUCCUAUGACGCCUGCCUCUCCCAGCUCUUCUUCUUCCACCUUCUGGCGGGGACGGACUGCUUCCUGCUGACCGCCAUGGCCUAUGACCGAUUCCUGGCCAUCUGCCGGCCCCUCACCUACAGCACCCGCAUGAGUCAGACAGUCCAGAGGAUGUUGGUGGCUGUGUCCUGGGUUUGUGCUUUCAGCAAUGCACUGACCCACACUGUGGCCAUGUCCACGCUCAACUUCUGUGGCCCCAAUGUGAUCCAUCACUUCUACUGUGACCUGCCGCAGCUCUUCCAGCUCUCCUGCUCCAGCACCCAACUCAAUGAGCUGCUGCUUUUUGCUGUGGGUUUUCUAAUGGCGGGUACCCCCAUGGCUCUCAUUGUCAUCUCCUAUAUCCAUGUGGCAGCUGCGGUCCUGCGAAUUCGCUCUGCAGAGGGCAGGAAAAAA